CAGGCGCGCUUCUUCUUUCUGUGCGCUCUACUGAGUGUUUGCAUUGUGUCUGAAUUGCCGGCGAGCUUUAAAAAAUAUUAUACCCACCGCGGCAAUGUCGGGCAGGUCGGUCCGAGCCGAGACCCGGAGCAGGGCGAAAGAUGACAUCAAGCGGGUUAUGGCGGCUAUUGAGAAAGUACGAAAAUGGGAGAAGAAAUGGGUGACAGUAGGGGACACAUCCCUGCGCAUCUACAAGUGGGUCCCGGUGACAGAGCCCAAAUCCGACGAUAAAAACAAGAACAAGAAGAAGGGUAAGGAGGAGAAGUAUGGUUCGGAGGUGACCACCCCAGAGAACAGCUCCUCUCCAGGGAUGAUGGACAUGCAUGACGACAACAGCAACCAGAGUUCCAUCGCCGACUCCUCCCCUGUCAAACAGGAAACCAGCUGCAGCACUAGCCCCGCCCCCGAGCCCAGCGUCGCAUCCCAACGCGAAGGCAGCGAGACCAAGAGUGACCAAAGCCCUGACAGUAAGAGGGCAGGCAAGAGUCUCCCCUCCACAGAAACCUCAGAGAGACCAGCAAGCGUGAAGAGAGACAGCCAGUCUUCCUCAGGGGAGAAGGAGCCAUCAGACAGCAGCAGCAAAGCCACUCAGGACCUGGAGCAGGAGGCCCCACCAACCAAGAAGAGCAAACAGGAGUCUUCGUCUCAGGACACAGAGGAGAGUUAAAUGUCCCGCGCUAAAAUGUUCCUCUCCUCCAUCCUCUCCUCCUCUUCUGUACCUCCCUCUGUAGGCCCCCAGUCUCUGUGGGAGAACGGACAUCACCCCUCCAAUCCCCCUCUCUCUUCCCUCACCUCCUUCCCACCAGAGGGAGAAGGAGCUUCUAUCUCUCCCCCUCCCCCUCCCUCACCCCCCUUGCCCAUUACAGUCCUCUGUAAUAGAGGGAGAAUGGACAUUUACCUCUUUUCACUGAACCCUCCCUGCUUCCUCACAAUCUCCCUCUCACUAAUGCUAAUAGAGGCUCUGGUCAACUGGCUGUAGUCCCCUCUGUGACCAGCGGUGGCGCUGUGUGCACAGGCCAGCACACGAGGAACACUGACCUGCACCUGUGACUGAAAACACACUGAUGAUGGGAUGUGACGCUGGAACCCACACAUCAAUCAGAUGACUUCUACGCAAGGCCUCUUUAAACCUCCCACUAACUCACCUCCUGUUGGUCCAAAAAUCCACGCUGGUUUAGAAUACAUUUAGUCUUAUUAUUUUACCCAAACAAAUAUUUCUUUCUUUUUUUUUCUUUUCUUUUUUUUCGCUCAGGAGGGUCAAUGCACUGUUAAGGAAUAUCACGAUCUAUCACAGAUAGUUUUUGCUGCUGUAGUGGAUUUCUUUUUUUCUUUCUCCAUGUUUCUUUUGCCAGUUGUAUUUGAUCAGCUAGUUAGAAAGAACACAGGUACUGGUGGAGUUUCUGUCCAAGAGUAGAGGCAGGCUUGUGUUACCAUGGUUGUGUUACCAUGGUUGUGUUACCAUGGUUUUGUUACCAUGAUACAACAUACUUAGUAGGUCAAAUGGCUUAACGACAUUUUUGGUGCCAUGUUUAUUUUUUUUGUGUAUUAUAUAUAUUUUUUGCCUUAUAUUUUUAAUAGGUCAUUAUUGAAGUGACACUAAUAAUUUCAUUCAAUACUUACAUUCAUCUCUACAGUUAAAUGUUAAUGCGUUAAUUCGUUAAUGCAAUCUUUUUUUAAUUUUUUUUUAUACCCGGUGGAGAUCUUCCUGUAAACAGUGGAAUCUCCUGCUACUCCUGUUGCUAGUCAGUUUCAGCUUCAACUCCCUAGUUUUACAUUACAAUGUAGUCGGCUUCAAUAAGAAACAGGCUUAAACUGGCCCGCAGGUUACGGUUUCUGACUUGGUCCGCCGUUUCCGUCAACUCUGUAAAUGUACUGUGUGUUACUUUUAACGAUUUUACCUAUAAACAGCGCAUAGCCCUCAGCGGGGAAGCGGAUCUUGUCAUUCGAGGUCUAGCUCCCUGCCUCUUUUAAGGUGCUGUCUUUUGGCCGAAUCCGUAGGUGUAGACGUGACACUAAAACAGAUCUUCACUUUUUUUUCGUACUUCUAUUUCCCAUUGAUAUCACUCUGUGGUGAAUGUGAAAGUUAGCGCAAGGAUUCGGCCAUAUGACCUCCAAUGUCCAACCUCAAACCUAUUUAUAUGAUUUGGGUGCAUCAAUUAAUAUAAACAUGUUUAUGUUCCAUUAAAUAAGUUUCACUGCAAGUCAGUGACUGGACAUGGCAAAAAUGAGCAUUACUUGAUCAGAUGAUGCCAGUGGACAGAUCAAAUCAUCAGUUGCAUGGAUGGAUGGAGAGAACUUUUAACUGUCUCAGUUUAGAGGGUGGCUUAGCAUAUACCUCAUUCCCAGUCCAUCAGAGCUGGUACUAAAGAUGCUAUGUAUUAACAUUAACCGUUAUAAAAGCAUUAUGUUCACUCAGUAAAAAAAAAAAAAUCUCAUUUAUGUUUUAGCUUUCACCGGAUUGAGCCAAUUGCUUAGUUAAACUCUAAAUUCAGUGUGUAGAAAGAAACCGCGACAGAGCUGUGACAUGACAACACGUAGGCUAUCAUCUGGGGGACCAUGUUUCAGUUUAGAAUGAUCUUGUACAGAUUUAUGGUUUGGUUUGAAUUAUUUAUUCCAUCAGUAGUGCUUGGUUUUUUAUCAUGUUUAAUGGUUUUGUUUUAUUAAUAAAAAGUCACAAAACAUUUACCUCACGGUUUCAGUGUGUGCGUGUUCAAACUUUGUGCUUUGAGAAUUAUUUAGAGAGGAGUCUGAGGUGAGUGUUCAAAUUUUUUUGUGCGCUUCAGCUUUCUCAACAACUCUGCUUUUGUGUUUCACUCCCAAAUAUUUGAGCCUGGACCUCAUAAAAUAUAAAGCAUUCUAUUUCAGCUUCCUCCUCCCGUCAGGGGUAAUGGAUCUACGUAUGAAUGAAUCAUGAGAAGGUCCUCAACUGAUCGCUGUGUGAAACGGAACACAGGUUAAGUUGGCCAGAAACAUCUCCGGACCCCCCAGGUAUAGACAGGAGCAGGAAUGCUGCACCCUGCCUGGGGCUUUUGUCGAACCAAGCGGCCAAGGACCAUCAGCCCAGCUCUGCCACAUCAGUUUACCCAGAGGAGGAGGGGAGACCCAGGCUCCUUUCUCAACACUCAUCUGGGUCUCUGCGAACACCUCCCGGCUCUAACUAGUCAAUCGUUGUCGUUCUGACACACUGGAGAGACGAUCAGACAACCCUCUUACUGUUCGUUUCAUAGCGUUUGUAUUGAACCAUUAAGAAUAUACAAUACAUAGAAAACAAGGACAUGAAUACAUUACAGUUUCAUCUUUAGAGGGUUUUACGAAUGCAGCUUAGCAAGUUAUGACCCGUGUACAGGUGAUGCAUUGAUCAGAUGGAACAUUACAUAGAAAACAGUGUACCAAUUAGACAAAUCACUUUAGUAGAAAUAAUCGUCAAUGUGCUUUUGGAGUCAAUGUCUUUACAAGUGAAUCUGGCUCCGAGGGCAGUGCAUCCUCGUCAACUCUCUCAAAUGUUCUCAACAGGGCCAAAAAAAAUAAAACA